AUGGUCCUGCCUGUGGACACGGUAAAAUUUGACGGACAGGAAGUGGCAGCCGUGUUAGCCACCGACCGGUACACUGCUGCCGAUGGCGUCAGCGCGGUGGAUGUGGAAUACGAACCGCUGCCUGUAGUGGUCGAUCCUUUCAAAGCUCUGGAGCCGGACUCCCCAAUUGUUCGAGAAGACAAAGAGGAAAAAAGUAACCACAUCUGGCACUGGGAGGUCGGUGACCGGGACCGCACCGACCGUGCCUUCAGCCAGAGCGAUAUAACGGUCAAAGAGGAUAUCUACAUCCCGCGUAUCCAUGUCUCCUCUAUUGAGACCUGUGGCUGCGUCGCACAGUGGGACUCGGUCCAAGAAAAACUGACCGUGUGGAUGACCACUCAAGCUCCCCACGCCAUCCGGACAGUCCUCGCCUUAGUUGCCGGUCACCUGGGAUUGGCGGAGCACAAGAUCAGGGUCAUAUCUCCGGAUAUUGGAGGCGGCUUCGGCGGCAAGGUGCCGGUCUAUCCCGGCUAUGUUCUGGCAAUCGCUGCCUCCUUCCUCACGGGUCAUCCCGUGAAGUGGGUCGAGGACCGCAUGGACAACCUCAUAUCCGCCUCCUUCGCCCGGGACUACCACAUAUCCGCGGAAGUGGCUGCCCGUCAAGACGGAACGAUGGAGGCUCUGCGAAUCAAGACCGUUGCCGAUCAUGGCUAUACGGACGCUGCCGCCAACCCAUCCAAGUUUCCGGCAGGCCUGUUCCACAUCUGCACCGGUUCCUACGACUUCAGUGACGCCUUCGUUGAGGUGGACGGCGUUUACACCAACAAGCCACCCGGUGGGAUUGCCUACCGCUGCUCAUUCCGGGUCACCGAAGCUGUGUACGCGGUGGAGCGCAUGGCGGACAUCGUGGCACAUGACCUUGGAAUCGACCCCGCCGAGUUUCGCAUGAAGAACUUUGUCAAGCCGGAUGCCUUCCCCUAUCGAUCAGCUCUGGGCUGGGAAUACGACAGCGGCAACUAUCAGGGCGCCCUCGAAAAGGCGAUGGACUUGAUCGGCUACGAAGACCUGCGGCGUGAGCAAACCGAGAAGCGUGAGCAGGGAGAGUUGAUGGGCAUCGGCAUAUCCAGCUUCACUGAGAUUGUGGGUGCCGGUCCCUCCCGGCACUUCGACAUUCUGGGCAUCAAGAUGUUCGACAGCGCCGAUAUUCGGAUUCACCCGACGGGCACGGCCACCGCCCGCUUCGGCACACGCUCCCAAGGACAGGGACACGAAACUACCUACGCCCAGAUUAUCGCCGAGGAACUGGGCAUACCUGUAAGCGAUAUCGCUGUGGAAGAGGGAGACACCGAUACUGCUCCCUAUGGUCUGGGCACCUACGCCAGCCGCAGCACCGCCACCGCGGGGGCUGCCGGAGCCGUUGCGGCACGGAAGAUUAGAGACAAAGCAAGAGCCAUCGCCAGCUACCUUCUCGAUGUUGGCGAGGAGGAUCUGGAGUGGGAGCCGGAAAGUUCUUCGUGCGGGGCUCUCCGUCUUUGUCGAAAGACCAUUCAGGAAAUCGCCUUCGCCGCCUACACCGACCACCCGCCGGGUAUGGAGGCCGGGUUGGAAGCACACUCUUCGUAUGACCCGCCUAACCUUACCUAUCCCUUCGGCAGCUACAUCUGCGUCGUGGAUAUAGACAAGGGGACCGGCGAGGUCAAAAUACGCCGAUUUGUAGCCGUGGACGAUUGCGGCAACGUAAUCAACCCGAUGAUUGUAGAAGGACAGGUCCACGGUGGUCUGACGAUGGGGCUGGCACCCGCGCUCUAUGAGGAGAUUGUGUACGACGAGAACGGCCAGAACCUCACCAGCACGUUCAUGGACUAUUUGCUGCCGACCGCUGUGGAGACUCCAGCGUGGGAGACCGACAUGACUUGCACACCGUCUCCGCAUCAUCCCCUUGGAGCCAAAGGAAUCGGCGAGUCGGCUACUGUCGGCGCUCCGGCUGCAAUCGCAAACGCAGUUGUGGAUGCCCUCUGGCAUCUUGGAGUACGCAAUAUCGAUAUUCCCAUCACCCCUGCCAAGGUGUGGCAGGCAUUGCGCGAAAACGGAGUGACCGACUAA